AUGAGAGUGACGGAAUUGAUUAUCGACGGCUUCAAGUCGUACGCGGUGCGCACCGUGAUAUCGGGAUGGGACGAGAGCUUCAACUCCAUCACCGGCCUCAACGGCAGCGGCAAGUCCAACAUCUUGGACGCCAUCUGCUUCGUGCUGGGCAUCACCAACAUGUCCACCGUCCGGGCGCAGAACCUGCAGGACCUCAUAUACAAGCGCGGCCAGGCGGGCGUCACCAAGGCCAGCGUCACCAUCGUGUUCGACAACCGGGACAAGAAGCGCUCGCCCAUCGGAUUCGAGGAGUACUCGACCAUCAGCGUGACGCGCCAGAUCGUUCUCGGCGGGACGACAAAGUACCUCAUCAACGGCCACCGCGCCCAGCAACAGACUGUGCAGAACCUGUUCCAGUCGGUGCAGCUCAACAUCAACAACCCUAAUUUCCUGAUCAUGCAGGGGCGCAUUACCAAGGUGUUGAACAUGAAGGCCGUCGAAAUCCUUGCCAUGAUCGAGGAGGCCGCCGGAACCCGCAUGUUCGAGGACAGGAGGGACAAGGCGCUCAAGACCAUGGCCAAGAAGGAGAUGAAGCUUCAGGAGAUCACUGAGCUUCUCCGCGACGAGAUCGAACCGAAACUCGAGAAGCUACGGACCGAAAAGCGUGCCUUCCUCGACUUCCAGCAGACACAGAACGAUCUCGAGCGCUUGACCAGGAUCGUAGUGGCGCACGACUAUGUGCGGUGUCAGGAGAAGCUGAAGCAAUCCGCAUCCGACCUCGAAGCAAAGAAGCAGCGAGAGAAGGACUUGGCGGAGUCGGCAGCACGGCUCAAGAGCGAGAUAUCUCAUCUGGAAGAGGACCUGCAAAGGGUCAAGACGCAACGCGACAAAGAAUUGCGCAAGGGCGGCAAGGCACAGGCGCUCGAGGAGGCGGUCAAAAAGCACUCCAAUGAGUUGGUCCGCCUCGCGACCGUUGUGGACCUCAAGCGCAGCAGCAUGUCAGAAGAGCAGGAGCGGAGGGCAGCCUGUGAGAAAACGGUUGCUGAGCUGGAGGCGACCCUGAAGGAGAAGACCAAGGCUUACGACAAGAUCAAGGCCAAGUACGACGCUGCGAAAGAGGCGGCCGAGAAGCAGAGUCGGGAGGCAGAGUCGAAAGAAGAGCUGCUCCAGACCCUGCAGACCGGUGUUGCAUCCAAGGAAGGCCAAGAGAACGGGUACCAGGGACAGCUGCAGGACGCGAGGAACCGAGUCACGGCGGCCGUGACGGAGCAGGAACAGGCAAAGAUCAAGAUUGCCCACCUCGAGAAGCGCAUAAAGGAAGAGGAGCCGCGCGCUCUGAAGGCGAAGGAGCAAAAUGCCGGGUUGCUCAAGGACAUCGAGGGGCUGAAGCUCCAGGCGCAGAAGCUGGAAAAGGAGCUGGGCAAACUUGGCUUCCAGCCCGGGACGGAGCAGGAGAUGUACAAACAAGAGAGCGCUCUCCAGCAAACCAUCCGGAACCUGCGGCAGGAAUCCGAUGCCCUGAAGCGCAAGGUCGCCAACAUCGACUUCCACUACGCAGAUCCGGUGCCGAACUUCGACCGAUCAAAAGUCAAGGGCCUGGUAGCACAGCUGUUCACGCUGGACAAGCAGUUUACACAAGCGGCUACCGCCCUCGAGAUCUGCGCCGGCGGCCGACUCUACAACGUCGUCGUAGACACCGAGGUCACCGGCACGCAGCUGCUGCAGGGCGGAAGGCUUCGGAAACGGGUGACCAUCAUCCCCCUAAACAAGAUCGCCGCUUUCAGGGCCUCUGCGCAGACCAUUGCCACCGCUCAGAGACUUGCGCCUGGGAAGGUUGAUCUAGCCCUGUCUCUUGUCGGGUACGACGAGGAGGUGUCGGCUGCUCUGGAGUACGUGUUUGGCAACACCUUGAUUUGCGCAGACGCCGAGACAGCCAAGAGAGUGACCUUUGACCCGAACGUGAGGAUGCGGAGUAUCACGCUGGAGGGCGAUGCCUACGAUCCGUCAGGUACUCUGUCUGGCGGCAGUGCUCCGAACUCGAGCGGCGUUCUGGUUACCCUACAGAAGCUCAACGAGAUUACUCGGCAGCUCAGGGAAGCGGAGGCAUCGCUGGGCCAGCUGCAGGCACAGAUUGCGCGGGAGAAGUCCAAGCUCGACCAGACGAAGAGGAUAAAACAGGAGCUCGAUCUCAAGACCCACGAGAUCAAGCUCGCCGAGGAGCAAAUCAGCGGUAACUCAUCGUCGUCCAUCAUCCAAGAGGUGGAAAACAUGAAGGAGACCAUCUCUCAAUUGAAGGAGUCGAUCGUGGAAGCCAAGAGGCGGCAGGCCGAGGCAAACGCCGACAUCAAGAGGAUCGAGAAGGACAUGAAGGACUUCGAUAAUAACAAAGACGCCAAGCUCGUCGAGCUCCAGUCCUCGGUGGACAAGCUCCGUGCCUCUCUCGAGAAGAUGAUGUCGUCAAACAAGGCUCUGCAGAAGGAACUGCAGACUGCCCAGCUCGACUCGGAGCAAGUCUCUGGCGACCUCGCUGCGGCGCGAGAACAGCUGCAGGACAUCGACCUUUCACUCAAAGCCCAGCAGGAAGAGGUGGAGAAUCUGGUCAAGCAGCAGCAGAAGGUCAAGGAGACGCACGAUGCCGCCCAAGCCCAACUUGAGGAGGAACGUGCCAAGCUGCACGUCUUUGACGACGAGCUCCGCGCGCUCGAGGAAGCCAUCCGGUCCAAGAACGCCCGUCUCGCCGAGGAAGGGCUCGAGAAGCAGAAACUAGGCCACCAAAUCGAGAAGUUCCACAAGGAGCAGCAGGCGGCCGCGCAGAGCGUGGCCGACAUGGAAGCGGCGCACGAGUGGAUCGCGGACGCGCGCGACCAGUUUGGCCGGCCCGGCACGCCCUACGACUUCAAGGGCCAGAACAUUGCCGAGUGCAAGGCGACGCACAAGAACCUGCUGGAGCGCAGCCAGGGCCUGCGCAAGAAGAUCAACCCCAAGGUCAUGAACAUGAUCGACAGCGUCGAGAAGAAGGAGGUGUCGCUCAAGCACAUGAUGAGGACCGUGAUCCGCGACAAGCGCAAGAUCGAGGAGACCAUCGUCAGCCUGGACGACUACAAGAAGAAGGCGCUGCAGGAGACGUGGCAGAAGGUGAAUGCCGACUUCGGCCAGAUCUUCGCCGAGCUGCUGCCGGGCAGCUUCGCCAAGCUGGACCCGCCCGAGGGCAAGACCAUCAGCGACGGGCUGGAGGUCAAGGUGAGCCUGGGCAAGGUCUGGAAGCAGUCCCUGACCGAGCUAAGCGGCGGCCAACGCUCGCUCAUCGCGCUCUCCCUGAUCAUGGCGCUGCUCCAGUUCAAGCCGGCGCCCAUGUACAUCCUGGACGAGGUGGACGCGGCGCUGGACCUGUCGCACACGCAGAACAUCGGCCGGCUCAUCAAGACGCGCUUCAAGGGGUCCCAGUUCAUCGUCGUCUCGCUCAAGGACGGCAUGUUCCAGAACGCCAACCGCAUCUUCCGCACCCGCUUCAGCGAGGGCACCAGCAUGGUCCAGGCGCUGACGCCGGCCGAUUUGAAGUGA